AUGGUGAAUGGCUUUCAAAAGCUCCCAAAUUUCUUACAAAAGGUGACAAUUUUGGGUUAUCACUACUUCAUAACCCACUUUCUCAAGCUUUGUUUGAUCCCUCUAAUGGCUUUUGUCACUCUUGAGGCUUUCCAUAUGAGCUCAUAUGACAUUCUCCAUCUUCACCCCAAUCUCCUUAUCCUUGUUGCUAUUUUGGGACUCACUCUCUUCACCAUGACCCGUCAACGAUCCGUCGUCUACCUCAUCGACUUCUCCUGCUACCGAUCGACACCGCCACGCUGUUUAAAGUUUACAUCUGAUACGUUUAUGGAGCACAUGAAGCAGACCGGUUUCUUUGAUGAUACGUCGCUUGAGUUUCAAAGCAAGAUACUCAGGCGGUCAGGCAUCUGUGAAGAGACGACCGCUCCUGAAGCUAUGAUGUGUAUUCCACCCCAGUCGACGCUCAAGACGGCGAGAGAAGAAGCCGAGACUGUGAUAUUCGGUGCCUUAGACAAUUUAUUCGCCAAUAAUAUCAACGUCAAACCCGAAGACAUCGGUAUCCUUGUCGUCAGCAGCGGAACCUUCAGCCCUUUGCCUUCACUUUCCUCCACGAUUGUGAACAAAUACAAGAUGAAAAGCAACAUCAGGAGCUUUAACUUGGGUGGAAUGGGGUGCAGUUCUGGAGUGAUAGCCAUUGAUCUAGCCAAGAACAUGCUCCAAGUUCACAAAGACAGCUACGCCAUUGUUGUUACCACAGAGAACAUCACGCGUAAUUGGUACCCCGGGAACAAGAAGGAAAUGUUGAUACCCUUGUGCUUGUUUCGUGUCGGUGGCGCCGCGGUUCUUCUCUCCAACCGGAACUCCGACCGGUGGCGUGCAAAGUACAAGCUAGUUCAUCUGGUGAGGACACACAAAGGGGCGAAUGACACUGCAUUCAAAUGCAUAUAUCAGGAGGAAGACGAUGUUGGGAUCACUGGCGUCUCGCUAUCCAAAGAUGUCGUGGCCACAGCGGGCAACGCUCUAAGGACAAACAUCAGAACUCUUGGGCCUUUGGUUCUUCCAUUCCGCGAGCUACUUCACUUCACCACCACGUUCGUCGCUAAGAAGCUCUUGAACCCUAAGAUGAAGGGUUACAUUCCAGAUUUCAAGGUUGCGUUGGAGCAUUUCUGCAUCCAUUCCGGAGGGAGGGCGGUGAUCGACGAGCUCGGGAAGAAGCUUCGGCUUUCAGCAGUGGACAUCGAGGCGUCGAGGAUGACACUGCAUAGGUUUGGGAACACAUCUUCAAGCUCCAUAUGGUACGAAUUGGCGUACACAGAGUGCAAAGGUAGGGUUUUGAAGGGACACCGCGUUUGGCAGAUUGCUUUAGGGAGUGGUUUCAAAUGCAACAGUGCAGUGUGGGUGGCUCUCAUGGAUGUCAAGCCAUCUCCAAACAGUCCUUGGGAAGAUUGUAUCAUAAGGUACCCCAUUGUAGAAAAUUGUUGA